CUUCGGAGUGUUUUUUUUUGUUGCACGACUACAGGUCACACUUUUCCAGUCAGCCAUGUUGUUUUCUGUCACCAUCGCAAACGUAGGAAUUACAAAACAGCAUUUCACUUUUUGUGUCGCCAGGAAAAUAUAUACUUUUCAGCCCGAUCAGCAGCAGGAAUAAUCAAAAUAAAUAUAUAGCAAUUGAGCCAAAACAAACCCAACUGUUUUUGUGCAUUGGUGGUCCAGAAUAAGUGGAGUUUUGAAUGGUUUUCAUGAUGCUUCAACAUCAACGACUUCGAAGCAGCAACAACAACACUGCACGGGAGCAAGAAGAAAAACCAAGAAACUGCUGGAAACAGUGAAAAUCGGUUAAAACAAUUACCCAAAAAUUCAAGAAUCCACGCUCAGCGGCAUCAGUAUCAUCAGUAUCAGGUCGAUAAGCGUCUGAUGUCCAACGGAGGAGCCAGCGACCAGUCAAUGGAAGUGGAGCGCAAGUGAAGACAGUCUGUACUAGAAACGAAAUAAAUAAGUAAUCAAAGCAAAGCAAUUGAUUGAUCAAGAUGAGUGUGAUUAUUCGGUUACAAAACUUGCCGUGGACGGCAAAUGCCCGCGACAUUCGAAACUUCUUCUCGGGCCUCUCAAUUCCCGAGGGCGGUGUCCACAUAAUCGGCGGCGAGAUGGGCGACGCUUUCAUCGCUUUCAGCACCGACGAGGAUGCCCGUUGCGCAAUGCUGAAGGAUCGCGAGAAACUGAUGGAGAUCCAGGUGCGCCUGCUGCUCUCCUCGCGGGCAGAGAUGCAAAAGGUUAUUGAGACUGCUCGGAAAGCGGCCUCCGCUCCAGCGCCAGUAUCGGUUCCAGUUCCCAUGCCCGUCGUGGUUCCCGUUUCGGUGGCCAAGGCGGCUGGUCCAGCUGCGCCACUGCCUCCGAUUAUUGGGGGCCUAAACAGCUUUUUGGGCCAAGUUCAAGGCAAGGCUGUGGCCACAGGGACGGUGCCCUCUUUUCUGACCUACCAACAGCAGGCGGGGAUCACGCUCUCUGAUGUCACAGGUAGCCGCAGUCGCAGCAGAUCCUCCAGUUCCGAUGAUAGCGAUAGGGAGCGGGAGCGAGAUCGCGAUCGUCAACGGGAGCGGGAACGAGGUCGCAAACGUCGCUCCGACCGGUUGGAUAAAAGCCAGGAAAGGGAGCUGAAAGUGGUUGCCGGCGGAGGUGCACUGCCAUCUCCAUGGGCGCAACCACCUCCGAAUCAGUUGCCAGCUGUGGGGCUGGGUCUCAACAUGGGCUUGAACCUGAAUCUGCCACAGCUCAUACCCUCUCUACAGAGCUACACCACUAGUGCGACCACCACCAAUGUGACCAACAACUACAAUCUCGAACCAAGUGCCACCAGUGUGCAGCUACUGGCCGCUUUGCAGCAGGUGGCCAGCAGCAGUGCAGCUCCAGCGCAGCCUGCGAAAUCCGAGAGCGAGCCCAUUGCCUUUGCCAGCGUAAAUCCCUAUGCCCAGAUGUACCCGCAGCUCUUCCAGCAGCAGCAGAUGCUACUCCAGCAGCAACAGACAGCGGCCAAAGUGUCGCCCACCAUGGGUGGCUCUCCGGGCGGAGGCAGCACGCCCCAGGUUGUGGCGGACACCUGCUACAUUCGGAUGAGUGGCAUGUGCCAGAACACGUCGUACAGCGAUAUUCGCAAGUACUUCCAGGGCUUGUACAUUCCGCACAAUGGCAUCAAGAUCAUGAUGGUGAACGGCAGUCGCACCGGAGUGGCCUACGUGGAGUUCUCUCGGGUGUCCAGUGCCCAAAAGGCAGUGCAGCGGAAUAACACAAUGUUUCGGGAUCGCCUAGUUCAGAUUGUUCCCGUGGGCGACGAUGAGUUCGAGCUGGCGGAGGAGCGUGCUAGUCGCCAGGGGCAGGACGGCAGCAGGAGUCACGGCAAUAAUGGCGUUGAGAAGGGUGAACGGGGCGGUGGAGCAGCUAUUCCCAUGGCUAGACCCGUUACCAAUGUCCUCUAUAUAGAGGAUCUGCCACAGACCACCACUGAGCAAGAUAUCAUGAAAAUGUUCUCCGCCAGCUACACCGUUGUGGACAUCCUACUGAGCCCCAGUCCGAAAAAUCGACGAGAGUCCGUCGCCUUUGUCCUUUUUGCCAGAGAAGCUGAAGCCGACUCCGCCCUGCAGGAUACCAGCAAGCACUAUAUAGGGUUCCGCCAGCUGAGGGUGAAAUCCAGCAGCGAGGAGGACAUGCAGAAUGCCAAGGAGAAGCAACGAAGAGCCAAUGAGCAGCUGCUGAAGGAGGAAGCCGAUCAGCGGGAAGAGCUCCUAAAAGAUCAGCAAAGACGUCAGAUGCAGCAGCAGCAGGAGAAUGAGCAGAUCCAGGCCAGCAGAUUCGCCGCGGAUCCCAGGAGACGCCAGGCGGAGGAUCAGCAGCAGCAGCAGAUGAACAUGGGACCCAGUUUUAAUUCCAACAUGAGUCCCAACAUGAUGGCUCCCUUUGUCAACGGUGGCAACAUGCCCUUCCACAUGCCGCCGCCCCAGCAAAACGGUAUCAAUAACUUUCCCUUCAAUAUGAAUAACAAUUAUAACUAUAACGGUAAUUCCAAUGGGAACGGUCCCAACUAUCCAAAUGAUAAUGGAGGCGCUGGGGUCAUCCAGCGACCCCGCCAAGAGGAUGUCUUCGUUCGUGUUUACAACUGCGAGUACGCCACGAGAGCCAAUGAUCUGGGUGAACUGUUUUCCCUCGAGCAGCUACGCAUUGAGCAUAUCGAACAGCUUUUCAAUGAACGCAACCAGAGCUCCGGCGAGUUUAUUGUGGAGUUCAGUGAUCCUGCCAGUUGCAAACUGGCCAUCAGGGAGUUCCACAAUAGACGCUUUCGAGGAAGGGGACUGCGAGUGGUGGCCAUCACGCCUCAGGAAAUCGCUGAUAGGAUGAAAAAGCCCUUUAUGGAUUAUCUGCCGGGAGGAAAUGGUCCGAGGAAAGCCGAAACUAACAAUGCGAAUGACGUCUCAGGUGGAAAUAAAGCCAUCGCGCAGCCAUCUCGUCGUCGAGGACCCAGCCGCUUUGAUAAGCCGCAGGAUCAGCCAUCGCAACAGCAGGAUCGACCGCUAUCCCUGGAAAGGGAGGACAACAGCAGCUCUAGCUCAAGCGCACCCGUAAAACAGCACUUCAACCCCUUCGCUCGACCAGAUCCUCCUCUGAGCAGCAGCUCCCUCUCGCCCAACAAUCAGAGUCAAGUCAAGCCAACCUCUCCGGUGCCCGUUCCCACAUCCAUAAUCCCGGACAAGUUCAAUCGGCCAGGAUGCGUGGUGGCUAUGCGUAAUGUCCCUUUCAAGGCGGAGCUAAAGGACAUCAUGCGCUUCUUCAGCGACUACAAGCUCAGUCCUGAUGACAUCAUAAGGCGUUUCAAUGAUGAAGGCAAGCCCACCGGCGACACUCGCGUCGCCUUCGAGUCCCCUUCGGAGGCAAGGUCCGCCUACGAAUCGCGUCGCAAGAAGCAGAUAUUCAACCGCACUGUCUACCUGGAUAUCAUCUAGGUAAUGGGCCUAGAACCCAAAUAAUUGUAUAAUGUAAAUAGAUAAUUUUAAGCCAGACACCAAAAAUAUUAUAUAGAUAAGCAGCAUGUACAUAAACUUGUUCAAAUAAAUCGAAUAAACCGUGUAA